CAGCAACAUGUGCCUAGCUUCAGUCUUGAGCUAUGACUCAGCGAAGCAGGUCGAUCUCGUGCCGCACAAAGCGCUCCGAACGACUCAACCGUGAAUUUCCUGCUGACGCUAUAUAUGCUUCUUCAGGUGCCUCGCGACUUGCAUCAGCUAGCAAAGGGCAUCUUAUCAUGCAGGUCGCAUUAGAACCACGAUGGCGCGGGACUGGAUGAAGGAGCACCGCGUACCUUUAGGGUAACUCACUCACGACUCGUGACUAUCGAUGCACGUAUUCAUGACCCAAGAUCAUGGAGCUCAACGGAGACCACAUCGCUCCACGUGCAUCUGCGAAAGCGCGAUCUUGAGUCAAAGUUGUGCUAACAGCGGAGGGGGCCGUAUUGGGACAUUGGACAGCAUACAAUCUAUCUGCAGGCGUACAGCGGAGGAACAGCUAGGCAAGACGGUGCUUGGUCGAUGCCGCACUCAAACCUUGGCGAGUCGGGACCUGCAGCGAAUCGCACCCUGUGUCAGACAGAGCCAGGGUGGACGCCCGCGGCGCGCGCGGACCCUUCCGUUCCGUCUCACUCACGCGACUGGCAGCCGCCCAUGCAUGCACCAUCAAGCAUCAUCGCAGCCUCAUCAGCCUCUUCGUAUGAGCUCCUCAUCACACAUUACUCAACUGACGCAGAGCAGGCAUGCAGCUGCGGAAAGGAAGCGCUGGCGGCAUUUACUCUGCCAAAGCAUUGAGCGUACUCACGACUUGACACCAUCCUCUAGUUUAAACAAGGCUGCUCCUCCAAGGACUCGAUGUAUAGACCCGAGCCACAUCAGCGCGUCUCAGGCCAUCACACCUCCGGGAUGGCGAGGACGAAGCGCUGAUAGGCUCGCUCAUGUCCGCGUCACUGCAGCUGCAAUCAAGAAUUCGUGAGUCACGGUCAUUUUGAGUGAGAGCACUUCAUCAACCAAGACCAGCACCUUGUCGCGCAGGAGUCAGGAGUCAAAAUUUUGCUUUCGACUACCCUGGCUC